AUGCAUAGCACGGUGGAUAUUGAGACGUUAGUUACCCUUAGAGUAGAGCUUUCUUCUACAACGUCUGAAGAAGUGGCCUACGUGACACUCACAUUUCAGAAUUCUGUUGCAGCAAGAAAUAAUCGGGAUAGAAAUAACCUAAGCAAAAGAGGGUAUCCAGCUCCAUCCCCCAUAUGGCGUCUGGCUGCCCUGGGUCUGCUAACUCUUUGUCUGAUGCUGCUGAUUGGGCUGGUGACCUUGGGCAUUAUGUUUUUGCAGACAUCCAAUGAAAUUAACUCAGAUUCAGAGAGACUGAGUCAACUUCAGAAAAUCAUCCACCAGCAGCAGGAUAACUUAUCCCAGCAGCUGAGCAACUACAGGAACCUUCCCAUGGAGAAGGAAUUUCUCAAGUCACAGAUCUCCAGUCUAUUGAAGAGGCAGAGACAAAAGGCCAUCAAACUCUGUCAAGAGCUAAUCAUUCACACUUCAGACCACAAAUGUAAUCCUUGUCCUAAGACCCGGCAAUGGUACCAAAACAGCUGCCAUUAUUUUGCGACAAAUGAGGAGAAAACCUGGCCUAAUGGUAGAAAACGCUGCAUGGACAAGAACUCUAUGCUGGUGAAGAUAGAUAGCCUGGAGGAAAAGGAUUUUCUGAAGUCACAGCCAUUACCCAAGUUUCCUUUCUUCUGGUUGGGGUUAUCAUGGGACCCAUCUGGCAGAAGAUGGCUAAGGGAGGAUGGUUCUAGCCCCUCUCCAUCCUUAUUUAGUACUAACAAAUAUGCCCAGAUCAAUGGAUCCAAAGGCUGUGCUGAAUUUCAAAAAGGGAAGAUUUAUAGUUCCCACUGCAGUGCUGAAAUUUCUUGGAUUUGUGAGAAGACAGCUGCAUUCGUGAAGGUUGAAGAUUUGGAUUAAUAUGCUUCCU